UUACGUGUGAGGACUAGUCCUGUUACGAGCCUGAAGCAUCUGGAAUAAGACUUUCUCCCUCCUACCUAUUCAUGAAGAAAAACAAGACAUUGUUCUUUGCUUUUUACGCAUGAAUUUACAGACUACAGCCGCAUGCUUUUACAACUCGAAACUUAUUUUCGGACGAGAUUCUACAGCCGCAUUGAUUGCAAAGGACUAAAACUAAAAACUAAAGAGGUUGGUGCUGAAUACAAAGUGAUACGGUGAUCCCAUAUUUCGCUCGCAUGACUAAUUAAUAUCAGUACUCAGUCUCGCGCGCUCCUAUUUUUUUAAUAUAAACUAUGGCGUUUAGAGCGAGAGCGUUGUACGACUUUAGUUCCGAAAAUCCAGGAGAGAUAUCGAUUACUGAGAACGAAGUUGUUACUUUGUACAGCGAACAAGAUGUCGAGGGAUGGUUAGAGGGGACUAACAGCAGAGGGGAGACUGGUCUUUUUCCAGCCUCAUAUGUGGAGAUUCUCACAAAUGAUUCAUCUGACAUCUCCAACAACAAUGGCAUGUCGGCAGAUCAUGGUCAAGCCGAGUUGCCAUCGAGUGGAUAUGAUUCAUCAUACCAUUCCCAGUCCCACUCUCGUGCUGAGAGCAUUACAGUCCCGAACCCUUCCCACUCUGCUUAUCCUGUGCAAACUCCACAGCACCACAGUUACCCGACCAGUCAAGGUAGCGAUGACGACUGGGAUGAUGACUGGGAUGACAGCUCGACUGUGGCAGAUGAACCUGGAACGAUACAUGACAAUGAUGGAACUAGUUCCACAGCAUACACGGUCACUACCAGUUUACCUGAGAGACGUAGCAGUGCCCAAGCCAAAAGUUCAGCCACAGUGGGUAAAAACCUCAACAGGUUUUCAACCUUUGUGAAAUCAGGCGGAGAGGCUUUUGUGUUGGGCGAGGCGGCUGCCUUUGUCAAGGACGGGGACAAGAUCUGUGUUGUCAUGGGCCAGUAUGGGCCAGAGUGGCAAGAAGACCCAUAUCCAUUCGCCUGCUCUAUCGAUGACCCCACCAAACAGACUAAAUUCAAAGGCAUGAAGAGUUACAUGUCAUACAGACUAACUCCCUCUCAUACCCAAAGCCAGGUGAAUAGAAGGUACAAGCACUUUGACUGGCUCUAUGCCCGCCUAGUGGAACGAUUCCCUGUCAUAUCAGUCCCCCAUCUGCCCGAGAAACAGGCCACGGGGCGCUUCGAACAGGACUUUGUCUCCAAGCGCAGAAAAGGUUUAAUAUGGUGGAUGAACCACAUGACGAGCCAUCCCGUCCUGGCCAGGUGUGACGUCUUCCAGCAUUUCCUCACCUGCCCCAGCACAGACGAGAAGACGUGGAAGAUGGGCAAGCGAAAAGCGGAGAAGGAUGAGUUGACUGGCGCUAACUUCUUCCUGACCAUCUCCACCCCGGCCGUUCCACUGGACCUACAGGAGGUGGAGAGCAAAAUAGACGGUUUCAAAGCCUUCACCAAGAAGAUGGAUGAGAAUUGUCUGUUAGUCAACGCUACCAUCAACGAGUUUGCCAGGAAGCAGAUCACCGGCUUCAAGAAAGAGUAUCAGAAAGUGGGCCAGUCCUUCAAACUGCUGGGCCAAGCCUUUGAGAUGGACCAACAGGCCUAUUCCGUAGGACUGAACCAUGCCAUAGCAUUCACAGGAGAGGCCUACGAGGUUAUAGGAGACUACUUUGCCGAGCAGCCCAGACAGGAUUUGGACCCCAUAUCGGACCUGCUGGACCUGUACAAGGGACACCUGGCCAACUACCCUGAUAUCAUCCAUGUUCAGAAAGGUGCCCUUACCAAAGUGAAGGAGUGCCAGAAGCAGGAAGGGGAGGGAUCAACCAUCAACGAGCGUUGUAACAUCAUUUCCUGUGCCACGCUGGCUGAGAUCCAGCACUUCCACCGUACGCGCGUACGUGACUUCAAGAGCCAGAUGCAACACCACCUCCAGCAGCAGAUCAGCUUCUUCCAGAAGAUCACUGGGAAGUUAGAGGAGGCACUGCAGAAGUACGACGAAUACAUAAUAUAAGGGACCUGAGGAAAGGAGGGUGGCUACAGAGGGAUGGAGAGAGGAUGGCGGGGACAGAGGGAGAGAGAGGAGGGGGACUUAGAGCGGGAGAGAAAGAAAGAUGGCUAGAGAUGAUAAAUAAAGGGCCCCGGAGGAGAUGGGGCACUUUAAUGACUUGUUCAGUUCUCCAUGACCAGAUUAUUCAUCCAUUCUACAGUGGGAAGUGAGUGGAUCUAUGCAGGUGAUGCAGUGACGGAUGGGGGAAAAUGGGGUAGAAAGAUACUGAAGACACUCCUUCGUUGACGUUGUUGUCUGCAAAACCUGAUCGCGUAGUCUAGCUUGACGGGAUAUGUUAAGUCAUCACAUACAAGACGUGUCACUUCCUGAAAUGAGUGGGAUGUCUUCCAUAAGGAACUGUAUAGAAUUGCAAAGAUAUCUCUUAAAAUACAUGUUUAACCUGUUGUAUUGUUCCAUGGCAAAUAUGAAUGACAUGUCCCUUUGUGUGUGUGUGUGUGUCUGUCUGUCUGUCUGUCUGUCUGUCUGUCUGUCUGUCUGUCUGUCUGUCUGUCUGUCUGUCUGUCUGUCUGUCUGUCUGUCUGUCUGUCUGUCUGUCUGUCUGUCU